CCUUCUCAAGAUGGAGGAGACGUCAGUCUGCUCGCACAGUCAGGCUCAUUUCGACCAACUCACUUCUUCUGUCCAAUCACAUUGCAGUUCAGAUCUUCUGGGCUGGGCGUAUUAGCCUUUCGAGCUCGGAUUGGUGAGUUCGGCACCAUGGAAGAAAGGCGGGAAGCUGUAAGAACGAUUAAAUCGUCCGUGGAUGGUGGAGUUGGAGAAACGAUGGAGGUGGAAGCGACCGCAGUGAAGCUUCUAUCUCAGAUCAAAGAUAUUUUAACGUAUGAGGAUCAAACCACAAGUGAAACGAAAUUGGAAUUACCAGCCCAGGUCUUGGCUGAGCAUUCAGUGAACACUAGGAAGACUCAGAAGUUGAUGUACACCCAACUACAAGUGCUUAAAUUCCUUCUGGAUUUUCUUGACUCUGCACCUCGCAUCCAGGAUGCCUCUGACUCUGCUGUUCGGAAAGAAAUGGAAGAAGCCAAAAAACAGUGGAAGGCACUCAAAGCCGAUUACCAGCAACAGGUGGAAGCUAUCAAGGGAGCUGUGCCUCAGAUACUGGCCAAGCAGGAGGAGGUACAGAGCCGGGCUCGGCUUUUGAAGGAGGCUCUACAGCGCUACCGAGCAAAGAAAGAAGAGGUAGAGGAAAAAGCAAGGACUGCCCAGAAGAGGAACCUGAAAGAACAGGAGCUCUUGAGAGAGCGCCAGCAGCAACUAGAGCAACGGGUGGUUGAAUUGCAGGACAGGUUGCAGAAGCAGCAGAAGGAACUGGAAUGCUUGCAGGGAGAGGUUGGGGAGCAAGAGAGCCAAGCCAGGAUCUGGCAAGAGAAAAUGCAGAGAGUCUCUGAUUUCCAAUGCCUUUUGGAAAGCUUGCAAGGGGUAAAGGUGAUCUGUGUCUCGGAGAAUGACAUGGAGGUGGAGCUGACUUCUCCACCUCAGCCUGAGAUUUCUGCUCCUCGUUGUCUGAAGCUGCAUUUACACUGGGGGAAGGAUGGCAAUGUCACUUUGCAGAGUGACAGCCCUUCUUUUCUUCUCCCUGGCAAACUUCCCCUGGGAACUUGCAGCACCAUCAAAGGGGUCCUCUUGGAGUUGCAGCACAGCUAUUCCCAACAAGCAGAGCUUUUGGCUGAGAUCGAAUUAUUGCAGAAUUGUUUUGCAAUCGACUGGCAGCCGGAGAAGAGACUGCUCAGUUACUUGAAGCUGUCAUCAACUUGCAGCCUCUUCGUGGAAUCAGGAUAUCCAGCCAAUGGGCAGAUUCGUCUUCUCUCAGUAAAGACUCAACAAGGCACAGUUGAUGUGACUUCCUACAAGCCCCCCCAGGAAAAACCUUCACUACAAAAUUGGUUGGUGUACCUGAGCACUAUGGACUUCAAUGUUCCCUUCCCAACCUGAAAAGCUGCUACUGCCUGUGUCUAUAAUGUGAUGCAGAUCAAGGGCCAGCAUCUCUAGUUUAGGCCACCUUCUGGUAUCCUUGGAAGAAGAAGGAAAUUGAAUUUAACUGGGACUGUUAUACUGUGUGUGCAGAUAUAUGUUUCUGUUUGUGUAUGUGUGUUGUAUUUUGGACUACUCUGCUUCCCUCACCUUUCACUCUUGCUUGUUUUGAAUUAAGCUUCGAGUUCUCCUCUUUGAGUUCUUCUUUCCUGUCACUCUUACACAGUUUUAUGGCCAGAUGAGUGUUGCUCAUCUAUAAUCUGUGUCUAGUACUUUACUUCUUCACAUCGUUGUUGAACUUUUUAAAUCAAUAAAAUCAAUAAAAUAUU